AGCUCUUGUACUCGUAUGGUUUGCUCCAAGGAAGGUCCAGGCCUAACGUGUAUCUGUGUACCCUUUUUCUGUGUUUUGACUUCAGACACUCAGUUUUGCCUGAUUUCUGUAUGUUGUCCUCUCCUGUACGCCUCAUUCCCAGAACAAUCCGGCUUGUUCAUUCCCCGAUCUGCAAUUUUUCCCGUUCCUUCAUGGAUUUGAAGGUGCUCCUUUCCUCCUUGAAUGACUUUGCAUCCCUCUCACUUGCUGAGAGUUGGGACAAUGUUGGAUUACUGGUGGAACCAAGCCCACCGCACACUGUACACACACUCUUCCUUACCAAUGACUUGACGGAGGAAGUAAUGGAGGAGGCGCUGCAAAAGAAGGCGGAUCUCAUUCUCUCCUACCAUCCACCUAUUUUCCGACCCUUAAAGCACAUAACCUGGAAAACCUGGAAGGAGCGCCUGGUGAUCCGGGCUCUGGAAAACAGAGUCGGUAUUUACUCUCCUCACACAGCCUAUGAUGCUGCACCCCAGGGAGUCAACAGCUGGUUGGCUAAAGGGCUUGGAGUUUGCACCUCCAGGCCCAUACAUCCUUCCAAAGCUCCCAACUACCCCACAGCAGGGACACAUAGAGUAGAAUUCAGUGUUAACUGCACCGAAGACCUGGACAAAGUCAUUUCUGCAGUGAAAGAAAUUGCAGAUGUUUCUAUCACUUCUUUUCCUACUAGGACUGAUGAUGAAGAACAAACACGGAUUAGUCUGAAUUGCAGUCAGGAGGCUUUGAUACAGGUGGUGGCUUUUCUUUGCCAGAGCAGACAGUUCUAUCAGAAGACCGAAAUUCUGUCACUGGAGAAGCCUCUGCUUCUACAUACUGGAAUGGGACGGUUAUGCACACUGGAUGAAUCUGUUUCCUUGGCAACCAUGAUUGAGCGGAUCAAAAGGCACCUUAAACUAUCUCAUGUUCGCCUUGCUCUUGGGGUAGGAAGGACCUUAGAGUCUCCAGUCAAAGUUGUGGCCCUGUGUGCUGGUUCUGGGAGCACGGUGCUGCAGGGGAUGGAGGCCGACCUUUACCUCACAGGUGAGAUGUCCCAUCAUGAUGUUCUGGAUGCUGCGUCCCAAGGAAUAAAUGUCAUCCUCUGUGAACAUAGCAACACUGAACGAGGCUUUCUUUCUGAUCUUCGAGAUAUGCUGGGUGCUCACUUGGAGAAUAAGAUUAAUAUUAUCCUGUCAGAGACAGACAGGGACCCUCUUCAUGUGGUAUAAAGCAUAUAGGAAUAACAGGAUGACAGUCUGCGAAUUGAUUGCCUCCCAACUUGAGUGCAUAACAUGAAUCAGUGGAGUUAGAAUCCUCCCGGAAGAAUGUCUUAGAAUGUACAUUAUUUCUGGUUUGUAAAUCUGCUUCACCAAAUGUUCUGUAGCUCAUAUGGUAAAAACCAUAACAUAACUACCAUUCAAGAACAAGUAUUCAUUAUAAGAUGAAUUAAGAUGAUUAUACAAUGUAAAGCACAUAUUCAUUAUAAACUCCAGGCGA